CGUCCGUCUUACCGCGAUCUCGCUCGUCCAUUCUCCAUCUUACAUCCUUUCCCUUCGUCCUUUGAAGCCCGUUUGCGUCUUGCGCGCGAGGCCCUCCCAACGCCUCUCCGUCCGUCUUUUUUGUCCGCCCGCCCGCGCUCGGUGGGCCUGGCCGUGCGCGCCUCACCCUGACUGACUACUAAGUUAUUGCGUUAGUGCAAACUUUGGUGCGCCCCAUGCUCGCGGCGCGCUACAUACAGUAAACACCAGCGCAGGCAUCGGCCCGUUCGCUGCCCACCAGCAAAGGCCCCAAGCGCGUCAUCGCGGCCAUAGUCACAGGGCGACCCGUGGCAAGCGAGCAGGCAGGCACGCAGGCAAGCACGGCACAGACCAAACUUUGACGAGAAAAUUCUUUCGAAGGUCGUGCUUCUCUCAAUGCUGAUACUGGACUCCCUCUUUGAGCACAACCCCAUCGUCGCACAUCUGCGCGCCAUGGUCAGCCCCGCGUCGUUUCUCUCGCCAAAGCACCCGACCAUGGCUCCCCUGCCGUCGCCCGCGGAGACGCCUUCCACGACGCAGUUCCCGACCGAGACUGCCAUCGACGCAGACUUGGUCGCAGAGGGGGCGGACGAAGCGACCGCCAUUUGCCCACCGCCCCCAAUGUCCGUCAGCAAGCCUCGCCGGCGUCGCGCCGUCCGCAUCUUCCGCCCUGCCAAGGAUUCCAUCUACGACAUCCUCCAUGAGCACGCAGGCGCAUCGCUGUUUGUGCGCCCGAUCUGCUGGACGGACAAACACGCCGAGCUUCUUGGGGCGCGCUUCCACAAGCUGCCGCGUUGCGACUCUCCCUCGCCGCUCAACACCGCCGAGUCGCCGCCCAGACCAACCAAGGGCCACAUGGAGCCGUCGCAGACAAUCACCUCGUUGAGCAACUCGCUAACGGAGAUCCUGACGCCUGGCUCGCCGUACCCCGUCAUGACAUCGAGCUUCAUCAAGACGAUCCUGUCAACCCUGUGGCCCGGCGCCUUCGGCAAGCCGCUGUUCCUGCCGGAGCUCCACCUCUUCUUCGGCGACCGGGUUUAUCGCGAUGCGGUCCGCACACAGGUCAUGUGGAACUAUCCACUGGACCCCGUCAAGUCGUCUCAGAGCUCCUUCACGACGACAUCGACCCGCCCCGCCGACUCCUACGGCCCCUCCCCCCCCGCGCAGCACAACCCCGCGGGCUUGCCCAUGAUGUGUUACAUCAGCCGGAACCAGUUGGCCGUCGUUCGGAGAACUCUCUUCCGCAUUGCUCCGGGCCCUGGACGGAGCUGGAAUGCGCCGGUCUUUCGACUCCAGCAGGCGAGAUCUCGACUUCUUGUACCCGCAGAUCCCGAUCACGACGUGCAGUUUGUUGCCAUCUUCCUCGCCAUGGCUCAACGCCACUUCUACAACGCCCCGCCACCAUCAUCCAGGAGGGAUUCGCAGUGGGCCACCCAACCCACUUCCAAGACGGCCCUGCCGCACCCGCAGUUCGAAGACAUCAAGCUCCACAUCUUGACUCAUGACGUGGACGAGGCCGACUUCAUCGUCUACACCGGUCACGUAACCGCCAAGUUCUUGGAACGGUUCCAUGACCCGCUCAAGGCGCCCCGCGAUGAGUCUGGUCGCGUUCCUGGACUUGAGAUUGAAUAUACGAGGGUACCCAUCUGGCCGAUCUUGGGCCUCCGGGAGCGCUUAGGAACAGCCUUGGGCGAAGGCAUUGUCGGACCCUUUGACCCGACGGAGAUGGAGACUUGGGAGACCAAGGCGGAUAACGAGUUGCCAAAUGGCGAUGGCAAGCUGGAUGCGCGCGAUUCGCAGAGCAACGGGAAGCGGAAGCGUGAUGCACUUUCCGAGGUUUUUAACACAAGCUUCGAAGAGGACUCGGACGCUGAUGAAGACGAAGACGUUGGCGUGAAGAAGCGUUGCCUAGAGGGAUCCCCGCUCAGCGUCAUGGUGUAGGAUUUCCACGAACCAGGUUAUCAGAAACGACGGCAUGACUUUUUAUGACAGCAAGGCGUUGGUGGCACCACUCCAUGCAUGACAAGGAUGCUCGCGAGAGCAAUGGCAUCGGCAUUGGCUCGGCUGAAGCCUCCGAGGCGUUUUGGACGGAUUUUUGCGGCAUUGUGAUGGAGGAACUUGGCAUGGACUCGAUCAUGAUGAGGGUGAUGCAUCUGAUGGGUGGCCACGAGACGCCGAUUUCUAUUCAACUACGAGUGUGAUAAAGCGAACGGCGAGGUCACCUAACCUCCAGCCAGGCAAUCAAUUAUACUGCAGCAGUUUUGAAAGCGAUUCGACGC